AUGCGUACAGCAUUCAACCAGCCAAAGCGGCUAAAUCUACAUUCAUUUCUGCAUUUUCGAUCUUUGUCUUCGAAAUCAUCGCCAAACAAAUACGAAAUCCUAGGGGUCCACCAUGGAGCGUCCAUCAAGGAAAUCAAAGCGCUGUUCAAAAAACUCACCAAACAAUAUCACCCAGACUUAAAUACCAGUGCGGAUGAAGAACAAAAAAAGUUGAAUCAAGAUAGAUUUGUGGAGAUUGUCUCGGCUUACGAUACCCUCAAGGAUGUCAAGAAGAGGAAACAGUACGAUAUGGAACUACGUGGGAGCCCCAAUAUCAAGCAAAAUAAUCCAGAUCGAUCUGAAUGGCACAACAAAUACUAUGGAGAGGCCAAAUAUUAUCUGCGUUCUGAAGGGUCCCAUCAUUCCAUGGCUCUGGGUCUCAAUGCUACAAGACACAGGGUGCGCAACUUUGCCGAUUUCGAAAACCAAUCUCAUGUUUCUGGUGUCCAUGUCAACCACGGCGAUCGUCAUGGAGUGCCUCAUUUUGACUACGACAAUCACCUUUCACGAAACCUCAAAUUCGAACAACGACUUAUCAACAAACAUCUUUCUCCUGCCCAGCGCGAUGCCAUCAUAAAACAACUCUAUCGUUCCAGCAAUACAAAAGUCAGCGAAGAACUUAUCACCAAGCAUUUGAUGCGCCAGGCCCAUAACUAUGCGAACCAACAAUCUUCUGGUCGCCAAGCAACCUAUACCAGUACAGCGAGAGACCCUCAUAUGUAUCAUGGGCCUCACGACAGCGAAAGUACCCUCAAAGUGGCCACGAUCAUGACUGUGGGAGCGGGCGCAACGUACUUUUUGUAUCAGUUGUGGGGAUGA